AUAUGAUCAAUCAAGUUGCUAGUGUACAUAAACGUUUUGGAAUGAAUUAUUUCCAUAUUGGUGCAGAUGAAGUUUUUAAUUUUGGAACUUGUAAUGAAACAAUUAAUUUAAUUCAAAAAUUGGGAAGUAGAGAUAAAGCAUUUUCUUGGCAUGUUUUUAGGACUGCUAAUUUUGUUAAAAAACAAUUUGCUGAGACAACAAUUUUGGCUUGGCAUGAUAUGCUUGUACAUAUGUCAGAUAGAGACUCUGAAGCUUUUAAUUUGAGUAAAAUACUUGAACCAAUACUUUGGUCAUAUGCCGAAGAUCUGGAUAUGUAUUUGCCUUAUUCUGAUUGGCUUGCUUUGAAAAAAUUUAAGAAAGUUUGGGGUGCUUCAGCUUUUAAAGGUGCAGAUGGCCCAAUGCGUUUCUAUUCAAAUCCAAUUCAUUAUAUUCGCAAUCAUGAAGCUUGGAUUGAACAAAUGACUAAAAUUUAUAAAGAAUUUGAUAAAUUUCAGGGUCUAAUAAUUACUGGGUGGUCUCGUUAUGAUCAUUUAGCCGUCCUAUGUGAAAUGCUCCCAGUUGGAAUACCCACACUUUCAAUGUCUGCAGAAACAAUACUCGCUGGACGUCCCCUAGAUGGACGGUAUGAAAAAACUUCAAAAUUAUUGCAUUGUGAUGCUCCAUAUAAACCUGGAUUUGCUUAUGGUUGUGAAUUUCCUGGAAAGAGGGUCUACGAAUUAAUUAACGAAUAUUCAACUUUUAGUCAACAAUUAAGAAAAUAUAUUGAUACAGAUUUUGAAUUUAAUGGUUGGGUAUCUAUAUUAACAGAAAAUUGGAAUUCUUCUUCUCCAAUGUAUAUUAAGGUGUGGUUUUUGGGGAUUUCUUGA